CUUUACCCACAGAUAUCUGAAUGUGCUGCCCGGGGUGGCGAAUGUGAUGAAAGCAAAGGUCGCCCCGUCUGUGGCACAGACGAUCAAACCUAUCCCACGCGCUGUCAUUUAUUACGCGCACAAUGCAGCGGUUAUCAAGUGAGUCUCAAGUAUCGAGGACACUGCAAAGCUUGCAAAGAGGCACGUGAAUAUGCGCUCAAGCAUCGGUCCAGCGGUCCACCAAAAUUCAUACCACGCUGCAAGUCGGACGGCACCUAUGCGGCUGUUCAAUGCCUAGGCGAUAUGGGUUGUUGGUGUAGCGACAUCACCGGCAAACCCAUCGAGAAUACAUCGGUCCGUAAUGGCAAGCCCAAAUGUCGCGAGUACACCAAGGCGAAUAUACGUCGAUCACCGUCACGUCACGUGAGUCCAAGUCGUCUCCGGCGCACGUGCACCGCCAUCGAUCGUGCUGCCUUCAAUGCCAAUCUCAUCAAAGUCUUUCAAAGCGAAUACGUGCGAGCGGGACAGCUGAAACGUGCCCUGCCCGUCAAAAUGGCGGAGGGUGGGGAGGGUGCGUCCAAUGAUAAGUUGGUGCUCGAUUGGAAAUUUACCUACUUGGAUGUGAAUGCAAAUCAAAUGUUGGACAAAAAUGAAUUCCGCGAAUUGAAGAAGCUCGUCAAGCGGGCGGUGAAACCGAGACGUUGUGGACGUGCUUUUGGCAAGUUCUGCGAUUUGGAUGACGACGAUCGAUUGACACUGACCGAAUGGAAUGAUUGCUUCUCCAAAGAUGAAAUUAAUCGUCAUUCGGCGGCUGAAAAUAAGAAUUAUGCCGUUAACAGCAUCUCCAGCAACAGCUACCAAGGCUAUACACCGCAACAACAACUGCCGCAAAAUAAUAACAACAAUAACAACGGCAAUAAUCGGCAUGCAGUGCCACCCUACACUCAUCAUACAACACAAAUGCACUUGAAUAAUCACCAACAACAACAACAACAACAAAAUCGUAAUUUAUAUAGCAAUAACAAUAAUAAUAACAACAACAACAACUUUAAUUUAAAUCGAAAUGAUAAUUUGAAUAAUAUCAAUCAUUCAUCGAGCACUUUUGACGAUUUGGAGAGCGAAAGUACUGGCGAUGAGGAUGAGAGUGGUGGACUGCAUGGCGACUAUGAGGAGGAGGAUUAUGAGCAGGAAGAUGGUGGUGAAAAUAGCGAUACGUUACGAAUGUUAAAUUCAACACGUAUACAUUGGCCGAAAAUUCUCGAGGAUUCCAAUACGAAAUUCGAUACACAAUUGAACCUUGGUCAGCGAAUCAGAUGUCUGUGGUUGACAAAGGCAACGCGCAGGAACAACGC